UGAAGCUGUUUAUUUGGUCAAACACCAACGAGGACAAGAAAUCUGAUCAAUUGCAUUGCAAGACCACAAGAGAAGGGAGGAAGCUUCUUGCUUCCAGUCUGGAAGGUCCCUGUUCACAUCAUCAGAUCAAUCUCCUCCGUUUUCGAAACAGCUGUCCUCAGCCUCCGGUACUCUCAGGAGGAGGGACGGCCGAGAUGGCUGAGGUUGCUGUAUCAAUAGUUGUUGAAAAGCUUUCAGAACUUCUAGUCGAACAAGCAGUGGGCGCAGUGGGCGUAGUUUCUGUACUUGAUGGUUUGCGCAACGACGUAGAGAGGCUGAAGAAUGAGUUACGAUGGAUGCAAUGCUUUCUGAGGGAUGCCGAUGCUAAACAAGAAGAAAACCAGCUGGUCCGCUUGUGGGUUUCCGAUAUUAGAGAUGUUGCUUUUGAAGCUGAGGAGCUAAUAGAGAUUUAUGUUUACAAGGUAGCGUGUCAAAGCAGAUGGUACAGAGUCUUUAGAUCCUUACAUCUCUACGAGGUCUCCAGAAAAAUCGAGAAAAUUCGAACUAGGAUACAUGAUGUAUCUACAAAGCGGGAAACCUACGGCGUUGUCAGAGAAACACAGGGGAAAAUUAUUACCAAUGACCGGUUGAGGUACUGGAGACAGCCAUGGCCCUAUACUGAAGAGGAGUGUGUAAUUGAGCUUGAAGAUGACAUGGAAUUGCUGGUCAAUCAACUGCUUACAGUGGACGCUGGGCGGGUGGUCUCUAUAGUUGGUAUGGGGGGUUUGGGCAAAACCACCUUAGCUAAGAAACUGUAUAAUCACAGCAAAAUUCAUAACCAUUUUGAUUGCAGAGCUUGGGUUUAUGUGUCCAAAGAAUACAGAAGAAGAGACAUUUUGCUAGGAAUUCUCAAGGAUGCAGAUGCUCGCGGUAGAAAUGAGGUUGACGGACGGGAGAGAUGGCGGGAGGAAGACAUGGUGACCCGCCUGCAUACUAUCUUGGACGAGAAAAGGUAUUUGGUAGUUCUUGAUGAUAUUUGGAGCACGGAGGUUUGGGAUAGCCUAGAAUCUGCAUUUCCCAGAGGGAAGAUGGGUAGUAAAAUUCUGCUCACAACUAGAGACAUGAGAAUAGGUAAGCACGCCGGUGGCGGCGGUAACCCUCAUAAACUACGAACGCUGACUGAAGAUGAGAGUUUGAGAUUGCUGUGCCACAAAGCAUUCCCCGGAAUGAAUAGCAUCCCCCCGGAGUUGGAGAAUCUUGCAAGGGAUGUCGUAGUGAAAUGUGGUGGUUUGCCUCUGGCUGUGGUGGUGGUUGGCGGUUUAUUAUCAAGAAAACUUCAAUCAAACGAGGAAUGGAUGCGAGUGGCCAAAAAUAUCAGUUGGCAUCUGCUAAAUGAGCAAGACAGAAUCCGAUAUAUUUUGGCCCUGAGCUACAAUGACUUGCCUUCUCACUUGAAAUCAUGCUUUCUCUACCUAGGUCUUUUCCCAGUCGGCAUGAACAUUCAGACGAAAAGGUUGAUUCGCCUGUGGGUCGCAGAAGGUUUUUUACCGCAAGAAGGGGCAGAAACAGCAGAAGGUGUUGCUGAGAACUGCCUAAACGAGUUGAUUGGUAGGUGCAUGGUUCAAGUGGGCUCAGUAAGUUCGUUAGGCAAAGUUAAGACAAUUCGCAUCCAUGAUCUUCUCAGAGAUAUUUCCGUCUCCAAAGGGGAAGAGGAAUAUUUUCUCCGCAUAUAUCUUGGGAGCCUGGAAAGUUCAUCGGCAUCUCAGCUAAAUAGAUCCCGCCGCCAUGCCAUACAUUCUUGCUAUGACCGUUAUGACUUCUUGAAACACGAUGCUUGUCAUUCACGUUCCCUCCUCUUCUUCAAUAGAGAAUAUAAUGCAGAUAUAGUGAAGAAAAUCAGGUUCUAUGACCAGCAGUACAAUAUGAAUUUCCUGCUAGAAAAGAAACUGAAUUUAAUUUUUAGCAAAUUCAAGCUUCUCAGGGUUUUAGAGUUAGACGGUGUUCGGGCUGUUCGUCUGCCGAAUACAAUAGGGGACCUUAUUCAAUUAAGGUAUCUUGGACUGAGGAAGACUAAUUUGGAAGAGGAACUUCCACCUUCCAUUGGAAACUUGCUGAACCUACAGACGCUUGAUUUAAGGUACUGUUGUUUUCUGAAGAAGAUACCAAAUGUGAUUUGGAAGAUGAUUAGUUUGAGGCAUUUGCUUCUGUACACUCCAUUUGAUUCUCCAGAUAGCCGUCAUCUAAGAUUGGAUACAUUAACCAAUUUACAAAGCCUGCCGUACAUUGAGGCUGGACACUGGAUAGAAGAUGGGGGUCUAGAAAACAUGAAAAGUCUCAGGCAAUUGGGAAUAUAUGAAUUAUCCGGAAAAGUGGUGAGGUCAGUGCUUUCUAUUGCACAAGGAUUACCUCACCUUCACUCACUGUCUCUAUCACUUCAAUCAGAAGAAGAUGAAUUUCCAAUUUUGAUGCAGCUUUCUCAGUGCACUCAUCUCCGCAAGCUCUCUUUGAAUGGGAGGAUCAAGAAGCUACCUGACCCUCAUGAAUUCCCGCCAAAUCUUAUCAAACUAACUCUGCAUAACUCCCAUUUACAGAUGGAAUCCAUUGCCAAACUUGAGAGGCUGCCAAAACUGAAAAUGCUUGUUUUAGGGAAAGCGGCGUACAACAGGAGGGAAUUGAUCUUCUCUGCUGAUGGAUUUUCACAAUUGCGAAUUCUAAGGCUUAAUGUUCUGAAAGAAUUGGAGGAGUGGACAGUUGAGGAAAGGGCAAUACCAAGACUCGAGCAUGUCAUUAUUAAUCGCUGUGAGAAGCUGAAGAAGAUCCCAGAAGGACUGAAGGCUCUCUCUUCUCUCAAGGAAAUAAAGAUUAUAGGAAUGCCAGUAGAAUUUGAACAGAGACUACGAACUAAAGACUUGCUGGAAUUCCAAAAUAUCCCUUCAAUUGAAUCAACUACAGACAUUUUGGCAAAUGAUUUCAACGGCGGGCACAAUGUUGGUCGUUGAGAAACCUUUCACCUUGGUAGAGGAAGCAUGUCCUAGUUGUGGUUUUUUCUCUUUCAUUGAACAGCAUGUGCUUCAUUUUUCUUGUUGACCAUUUGCAUAAUUGCUGAGAUUGAUCGUUUCGCUGGCAAGUUUUCCUCGUCUCUUCUAUUUUUUUGGACUCUUGAAUCCAAUUUUUAGUACUUCCGGCAACGGUCGCAUGACUCGAACACAAAGGUACAGGGAGUUGGCCAGAAAAAUAUCUUACAGCGAAAGCUCAGAGUUUAUUGUAACAUUCACAAAAAUUUCUAUCUAUACACACUGUAAAGGCUGUGACUUGAAAAAAUAGAUUACAACAUGAAGCUGAACAAGAUUCUAUUUACUUAACUGCAAUUCUGUAUAUUCUGGUUUA